UAUCUUGUACCUAAAACCCUAGGUGGAAAAGCAAAACCCCAGUGCCAUUGAUCGUUGUUAGGAGCAGGAACCAAAAACAAUGAAUGUAGUAAUAGCAUCAUCUUCAAUCGACGGCGGCAUAGGUUGCUGGGACCUACAAACAGGGGCGGAGCAACUCCGUUACAAGACUUGCGCCUCUCCUCCCCACGGCCUUGCCUCCAUCGGUUCUAGUUUCCUCGCCUGCUCUCAACUUCGCGACCCCUCCGCCACCUCCGGCCACGUGCUCUAUUGGUCUUGGUCCAAGCCUCAAGCUCAAGUUAAAAGCUUCCCCGCGGAACCCAUUAAACCAAUUGCUGCUAAUAGCGAAGGUAGUUACAUUGUUGGUGGAGGUUCAUCCGGCGAUAUUUACUUUUGGGAGGUUGCUACGGGUAGGUUAUUAAAGAAAUGGCACGCUCAUUAUAGGGCAGUUACAUGCUUAGUUUUCUCCGAGGAUGAUUCACUCCUCAUUUCUGGGUCAGAGGAUGGAUGUGUUAGAGUUUGGUCGCUUUUCAUGAUAUUUGAUGAUGUUAGACAGCAGCAGGCGAGUCAUCUUUAUGAGUAUAGUUUUACUGAACAUACUCUGCGUGUAACCGAUAUCGCCAUGGGUUAUGGUGGAGGGAAUGCAAUUAUUGUGUCGGCUUCUGAGGACCGCACGUGUAAGGUAUGGAGCUUAUCAAGGGGAAGAUUAUUAAGAAAUGUUGUGUUUCCUUCCAUCAUUGAUGCAAUUGCAAUAGAUUCUGGUGAACAUGUUUUCUAUGCUGGUGGUCGAGAUGGUAAAAUUUAUAUUGCUGCACUUAAUGCUGAAAGUUCCCCAAGCAACAAUUAUGGAUUGCACAUCAUCGGUUCGCUAACUGAUCAAAGGCCUGUUACUUGCAUGGCAUAUAGUGCAGAAGGAAAUUUGCUACUAUCCGGAUCAGAGGAUGGCAUGAUUCGAGUUUGGGACAUGAAAACUAAAAACAUUGUUCGCAUGUUCAGACAUUCCAAAGGUCCUGUGAACAAUAUUCUCAUUGUUAGACUCUCAUACCCCCUCAAUCGGUCAGAAUCAAAAGUGCAAGCUUCCUCAAGAAGGCAUGAAUUUUCACUCCAUCCUCCACUAGAAAAAUAUGCAAAUUCAAGCGAUGAAGACAUCGAUAACAAGACUAUCAUUACACUCCCAGAUACUAUAGACCUCCCUUCAUACCUCAGUUCUCAGCUAAUCAACGAUCACAUUAAACAGCUUCAGCAACAAGGAUCUUCAGCUGCGGCUGAAAUGGAGGUGAAGAGACUAAAGCUUGACGGCCAACGAUCAAUGGAGAUGUUUCAGCAAUUGAAAAAAGUGUAUGACAACUUGCAGGAAUUUUGCGUCAAUGAGCUCUUAGAUGGACAACCAAUGGACGGAUCCAAAGGGAACUAAGUCAUUCACAGUUUGAAUGAAAAGACCAUCAAGUUUUCAUUUCUAAUUUUCAUUGUUGAACAAGAAUCCCAUAGCAAAAUUUUGCACCUUAAAUGUGAAGCAUUCUGGAAAAACUAUUUAGAUUCAAGACAGAUGAGCAAUGUUCCUGGUAGGAGUUUCUGUGGUAGCAAAACUACAAAAGUGAGCACGACUCUAAAGUAGUACGCCACCUACUUGUCAAUAGUUUUUAAGGCUUCCAUUCACUUGGGUUAAAAAAUGGUACAUCUUUAUGUAUUCAAGAAAAUACGAUCUUUUUUAGCUUAAUUUUUA